AUGGGUGUGGAGGCAAACAAACAGACAAUCUUGAGCAAUGAUCAGAAGAACACAACAUAUAAGAAAUCAAACCCUAAACUAACUUUACUACCUCGAAUCGCCCUAAUUUUCUACAAAGUUUCCGGGGGUCCAUUUGGUGUAGAAGAUUCAGUCAAAUCUGGAGGCGGAGCUCUACUUUCAUUACUAGGGUUCUUAAUUUUCCCGAUUUUUUGGAGCAUCCCAGAAGCGCUAAUCACAGCCGAACUCGCCACAAGCUUCCCUGAAAACGGCAGUUAUGUCAUCUGGAUAUUAUCGACGUUCGACCCUUUUUGGGGUUUCCAAGAAGGGUUUUGGAAAUGGUUUAGUGGGGUUAUGGAUAACACACUUUACCCUGUAUUAUUUCUCGAUUACUUGAAGCAAUCACUCCCAAUCUUCGAUCAAUUAUACGCUAGAAUUCCAACCUUUUUAGCAAUUUAUACUAUCUUAUUAACUCAUCUGAACUACAGAGGUCUUCACAUUGUCGGAUUUUCUGCUGUUCUUCUUGGUUCUUGCUCACUCCUUCCAUUUGCAGUCAUGGUUUUUCUGCGACAACACGAGGUGGAGUUCUUGACCAGAGGAUCCAACACACCUUUGGUGCCACCGCUUGAAGAUCCGGAGUCUACGCUGCACAAGAAGAAUAAUAAGAAGUCGCCUCUACAAGAACUGAAAUCAACCUUUUCAAGGAAGUCAGGAAAGAAAACGAAAGAAUCGAGUUCAGCCUUAAAGAGCAAGUUUGAAGUUUUCGAUCAAAUUCCUAAUCCACACGUGUUCGAGUACGAAUCAGAAACAUAA